AUGUCUACCACGCCCCAAGGCUUCAGCCUGUGGCCUCGCGCCGACUAUGCCGAAGACCAACAAUACGCUCGCACAAUCCUCACCACCCACGUCCUACACCGUGGCUUCCAGACCGGCGCCACCGUUGGCCUUGUAGCUGGUGCCGCUCGGGUACUCUACAGCAGAUCACGUGGCACACAAUAUCCUUCUACCACAACCGCCUCUGCCACAUUCACACCAUCGGCUACCCUGUCGUCCACAGCUAAGUCGCCGUAUACGGUCGCCAUGAAAACAAUCCUCCGUUCCGCGGGCCGUAGUGGCAUAAUCACCUCGCUGGCCAUGGGCGCUAUGCUGCCGUUCUAUAUGCGCUCUGUGGGCGGCGAUGACGCGGAGGAUGUACAGUAUGCGUGGCAGGAUCGGGCGUACCGAUUACUGUACAACGAGGGACAAGUCAGUGUGGAUCGAUGGAGUGUGGCUGGGAUGGCAGUGGGCGGUGCAGGUGCGUUAGUUGGCUCUGCGGGGUCGGUGCUGUCGUUGAUGGGUCGAUUAGGGGUUGGGAGUUUGGGCGGCGUAGUUGUCAGGGGACUGCGGGGAAGUGUCACGACUGAAGACAAGACAAAACAGCCGAAGGAAGGAGACACUGUGCUAGUCGGUGAAGGUCAGCCAAUCUCCCCAUAA